AUGGCCGCCCCGCGCCUCACCGAGGGCACCGUGGCCGUGGACGGGCAGAGCCUCUUCUACCGCGAAGCGGCGCCCGACGGGCCGGGCGCCCGGCUCGCCGUGCUGCUCCUGCACGGCAUCCGCUUCUCCUCCGACACCUGGCUGCAGCUGCAGACGCUGGCCACGCUGGCCCGCGCCGGCUACCGCGCCGUGGCCAUCGACCUGCCCGGGCUGGGCCGCUCCAAGGACGCGGUGGCGCCGGCGCCCGUGGGGCAGCCGGCGCCGGGCGCCUUCCUCAAGGCGGUGUGGGAGGCGCUGGGGCUGGGCGCCGCCGUGCUCGUGAGCCCCUCGCUCAGCGGCAUGUACUCGCUGCCCUUCCUGCUGGAGCACAGCGCGCUGCUCAAGGCCUACGUGCCCGUGGCGCCCAUCUGCACCGAGAAGUUCCUGCCGGAGCAGUACGCGCGGAUCAAAACGCCCACGCUGAUCGUGUACGGCGAGCAGGACGCGGAGCUGGGCCAGGCCAGCCUGGACAAGCUGCGGCACCUGCCGGCGCACCGCGUGCUGGUGCUGCAGGGCGCCGGGCACGCCUGCUACCUGGACAAGCCCGACGAGUGGCACCGCGGGCUGCUGGCCUUCCUGCAGCAGCUCGAGUGAGCGGCGCCGGCGCCGCGC